CUACCCCAUUUCCCGCCGUCCACGAAAUAAACACCCACUCACCUCCACAACUCUACAACUUGCAAGACAAGACUCCAACUCCACAACACCAUAUUUUUCGAAAUGGCCUCCCCCCACCACAAAUACCUCCAAUCGUGCCUCGCCCUAGCCGAGAAAUCCCCUCCGCGCCCCACCAACUUCCGCGUCGGCGCCAUUCUCGUCUCGCGCAAAGCCCAAGACGACCUCUACUACGAAGAUGACCGCGUUCUCUCAACCGGCUACACAAUGGAACUAGAAGGCAACACGCACGCCGAACAAUGCUGUCUGUCCAAGUACGCCGCGGCGCAGGGCGUGCCCGACGAUCGCAUCGCAGAGGUCCUGCCGUCCGAGGCUGGCCGCCAGCUCGUGAUGUACGUGACGAUGGAGCCGUGCGGGAAGCGGUUAUCAGGAAACCAACCCUGCGUGCAGCGCAUUGUCGACACGCGACGGGGGGAUCGCCGAGGGGUCGAAAAGGUGUAUUUUGGGGUCAAGGAGCCUGAGACGUUUGUGGGGGCGUCGGAGACUUGUCGGCGGUUGACGGAUGCGGGGAUCCAGUGGCGGGUGGUGCAGGGUCUCGAGAAGAAUAUUCUGUCUGUUGCGACGGCGGGGCAUGAGAACAGCGAGGAGGAGGUCCGGGCUGCGUUGGAUAAGGUCGAGACGAGGUUGGAUGAUGUUAGUGAGGACGAGCGGGAGAGACAGCGGCGGGUGCCGAGGAAUCCGAAGAAGCGGAUGGUGGAGGUGGAUUUGUUGGGAUGA